AUGCAUCAAGAUCCAGCUAUACAUAUACGUAAAACCCUACGUAGACAUAUACAAUGCAUCUUGGAACCCAACGCUAUAGUUGGAAUCAAGUUUCGCGGAGAUAAAUUGCUUGCUCUCCAGAAAAGAAACGAUGAACAAAUGAAGCAACUUGAGGCAAGGCUUAAUGAAGAAGUCAAGUGUCAUGGUGUUGAUUCCCUGGAAGCAAAGCAUCUUCGUGAUUUGAUUGCUAAACGGUCAGAUAACCUCAAAAAAGCAUAUAGGGGAGUAGUGGUUGAACUUGCCGAUUUGCAUGAUCGAUCUGAGCGAAUGGUGUCAAAGAAAGCUGUUCAGCACGUCAUCGAUCUCGCCAACUCGCGUAAUCUUUUCGCGCAGAUUUUUUCGUUGGAGACAGCAAAGGUUCAUCUAUGUGAUAUGUAA